AUGAUAACCUCUUGGGUGUUGGCACUUUCCUUCCUGGCCGCCGCCGGUGACGCUGUUUCGAACAUCAACCGACAGUGCAGAGAUCUCCUCCAGUGCUCCAUUCAGAAAAAAUGCGUCAAUGUGAGUUUUCAGACGGAUGUUCGCGCUUUUUGUUAUUAAAAAGUAAGCCUAAAACUGGUGUGUUCUCGAAGAUUAUUGAAUUCAGAAAAAGUACAAAUCCUAUAAAAUUUCAGUUGCCGGUCCUUUCAAAACUGGUGGAAAACAAGAACAUAUCUGCGCAAAUGUACGACGAUAUCGAUAAGGUAUCAAUCACCAUCCGCCCCCUUUCCCCUCUCCAUCGGCCAUCAAAACACUUACUUUCAGUACACCGACUACGGCUGCAUUUUCACCACCGGUUGCCAGGACGAGUGCAACGAUUGCCCGUUGUGUCUCUCCUCUAAACUUCAAAUUGUCGACAUUUUGUCUGGAGAGAAGUCGUCGAAUGGUGGGGGCUCUCGUUUGGGAAUUGGACAGAAUGAUGACAUUUUGAAGAUUGUCCGACUCUGUUGGAUUGUGCGUUGAAGUGCGUCGCCGACUCGAAUCAGGACAUAUUUCAAAUCAACAAGUGUUUGAGACAGGACUGUGCCUUCCAUUGCUUUGAUGGAUCCUGUCCAAAGUGCUCCGGUUUUAUUACCAGGUAACAAUUUGCAUUUCAAUUUCUUCAUGCCACAUUGUCAAUUCAGAGUGUUCAAUCAGAUGUGCGCGUCUGGAAACUUCCGACAGAAGGUCAAGGGAUUCAGUGGGCCGUGUUAUGAAAUGUUCCACGAGAUCGUUCACGCUAAGUUCGGCGACCGAUUCACGGACAACGCGAAGACGAAAGGAAGCAGCGGAUAG